AUGGCUGAGGUGAAGAUGUGCCAAUACACAGAUGCGAGGAUUGGUUGGCCCAGCAUUUCAUUUGCGGAACGCUCGGACGAUGUGGUAAUGGGGGGCCCUUUGACGAUGAGUUCAAAGCUGGAGAUUACCGAAGAAAGGGCCCAUCUCUUUCGCAUCAAUGACAGAGUGGCUUUGGCGGUUGGACAUUUUCGCAUUUUGGCGCUGUUGGCUGUUGAGGAGCUGACGCGAGAGCUGCUGGCGGAUGGCUUGCGAAGGGCCUUGGAGAUGCUUGGGGAAGCUGCAAAGAGCCAAUUUCUGGAGGUCUUGGCUGCGAACAUCCACAAGUUCGCCUUGCAGGAGCAGUAUUCCUUGUCACGGGUUUAUCCCGUCGAGAUUAGCUCCGAAUACAAGAACCUCCAGUCCUUCUUCGCGGAACCGGCUUUGGAGGCCAUCUCUUUUUUAAAGCCCGCUGAGCCUACAGCCCUCUCUGAGCUCCGCAGGAUUUUAGCGGCACUUCCUCAAAUGCCCGGUCCCAGUGCAGAGGAGUUCGUGGUGAAGCUGAAGGAUGAGCAGACCUCACAAGCCUUGAAGGCGGUGAAUACUCGAUCGCGGUCGUCCUUCUUUGGAGAAGUUCGACAAAACUUGUACAGGCUGUCGGAGGCCUCACAGAAGGAACUGGUGGAGUCCUUCACGGAGCUCAAGGCUGAGGUGGUGAAGCUGGUGGACUCCAUGACACAGGAGCCCGCGAAAUCUCAGUGGCUCCAGGGAGCUCGGUGGUCUUGUUGGAGUGGUUGGACUAGUUGGUUGAAGGAUUUGAUGAAUUCCAAGUGUACAGUGGUCGCUUGGAAGACCGCGGAGUAUGGCUUUGUGAAGCGUGAGGGACGUCAUAAUGAUGACAUCCAGCUACAUGUGGCCAAUGCAAAAGGCGAACGCUUCAAGAAGUAUGUUCGCCGUUACGGCUUGCAACCUGGAGUCAGGGUGAAAUUUGACGUGGACUUUGAGGAAAACCGGGGAAGACCUUUUGCAUCAAACUGGGAGAUGGUGGAUCCACCCCACUUAUCUGCGAGCCGUAGCCGCAGCGGAAGAUCUCGCAGCAGGUGCCACUCUCAUGGUCCGAAGGGCCUCGCGUGCCUCGCCCAGUGUGAAGCGCACUCGGGCCUCGCCCAGCGUGAAACGGCCUGGAAGAGCCGGGAGCGUGCAAAGUCGGCCAGUGGCAAGAAGAAGGGCACCAGUCGCAGCCGGGAUAAGAAAAGGAGCAGGGACCGUGAUCGCAGGAAGAGGAAGAGCAACUCGACGAAGCGCAGAUCGAGAAGUAGAGAGAAGAAUGACCGAAAGAAGAAAUCUCUCAGCAAGAGCCGCGACAGAGAGAAGCCGAAGCGAAGCAAUGCUUCGAAGUCGCGCAGCAAGAGCAAGUGUGAGGAGGAAAAGUCAAAGAAGGCUGUUUUGUCCGCAUCAUUUCAAGCCAACUUCAAGCAAAUUGGUGCUGGCGCAAAGCGCGCAAAGGAGGCUUUUCUGCUCCAGAUGGCCGUUUGCCUCAAGACAGUAGAGCGGCGGGACUGGCAUGGAGCUCAGCGCAUGGGUCAGUGCAUGAAGAACUAA